CGCCAAUUCAGGGUGAAAAGUAACACUGCCAGCCACUGAAAACAGCUUCGAGCAGCUUCUUGCCCCUGCUGAGUCUUAUCGCUGCAGCCCGACAGAUGUUCCACCACUUUUCGCUCCGACCUGCCACGCGGACCUUGCAGAGCCAUGAAUUCUACACUCCAUCCGGCUGUGGCGUACGGCCUGCAUUCGAGAUCAUUCUUCACACUAUUCUGUCUUCCGCCUGAUCGCUCAGCACGACCACCAUCUACUUCACCCUCCGCAUCAACCCCACACAACAACAAUGACCACGGCUCUCCAGAUCCGCCAAUGUUUUUCGCUCGCUGCCGGAACAUUUGCUACCCUGAUCAGAUCCGUCCACUCUUUACCGCUUCAAGACCCGUCGUCGAGCGGAGGAGCAUUCACAAAGACAGGCCAGAGAUGCGGAAUUCAUGGGUUAAUGGGGCCUCUUGAUUAGAUCAUUGACAAGCUUGUGGGAAAUACGUCCGCCCGCGAGACUACGCCGGAAGCCAACGAACAGCUAGUACUAAGUGUUAAAGUGGAUGACCGAGCACAGCUCUUUAUAACCGACAAGGUUUUCUGCCAUCUCUCCUCACCAUUGUCCUACGGUGCGAAUAUUAGGUAAACGUACUUUGUUGGAUGAAAUUCUAUGAUCCACAUUGUCCGGUUGUUA